CACGAGGCGCUACGACGUAGCGCGAGACAGGCGAACAGAAAGCGCCAAUGGACACGGCGUAUUAACCUCUUAGAGCGGCAAUAAACAUUUCUUUUUUUUUAAUUGACUCCCGGUCACUGCUGGUCAGGAACAGCCUUGCGGUACAGUGGAGGGGUUUGGGCAGGGGGGCGCGCAGGUGUGCAUGACACCGGAUGCCUUAAAAGGACACGGGGACGGGGACGGUGUGGUGAGACAAGCUUGCAUACCCUGCACAACACGUCUCUGUCCGCCAGACGAGGGACAGGACGGCAUGCCAAACCCUUGAGUCGACUAAACGCAGCCGACUUUUCCGGUGGAAUAAUACCUGUAAGCAAAAAAAUAAAAAAUAAAUAAACAGCAACAACAACAACAAAAAACCCCAAACUAAAACUGAAACUUUCCUAAGAAAUGGCAAAUGACGACCGCAUGGCCAUUUUGGCUGAGGAAGAUGAGGAAGAGCAGAAAACGAGCAGUGCUCUGUCAGAACGCUUUAACCGCCUCUCCUUGGCGGUCCAGGACAACCCGCCCACUGCCCCCGCAUUUGAUCCCGUUGAGUCCGACCUGGAAAUCCUGACCGCAGAGUCACAGAAUAACCUGAGCUGUUGCGACCGCGUGUGUCUCCGGAUCAACCAGAACCUCCUCAUCUCAAAAGUGUUCUACUUCUUUUUCUAUGCUGCGUACGGCUCACUGUACCCCCUGCUGCCUGUUUACUAUAGGCAACUGGGGAUGAACCCCAGUUACAGUGGGUUACUGGUGGGGAUCAGAUACUUUAUCGAGUUUUGCAGUGCCCCCUUUUGGGGUGUUGUGGCUGACCGUUACAGGAAGGGAAAAGUUGUGCUGCUGUUCUCUGUGUUUUGCUGGGUGGUGUUUAACUGUGGGAUUGGCUUUGUCAAGCCAGCGGCCAUGAACUGCAGGCUGGUGAACCCUGUCACUACAACUUUAGCACCAACAGUAACCUCCACCAAUGGGACUUCUGCACCAACGGUAACCUCCACUAAUGGGACUUUAGCGCCAGUUGUAGCCUCCACCGUUGGCACUUUCCCACCGGUUCUAGCCUCUACAAAUGAGACUUUCAGACGAGAGAAAAUUUUCACCAAUGGGACUUUAUCACUAGCUGCUUCUUCAGCCAAUGGGAAUGGAACAACCCUCCCACUUGGCUCGUCCACCAACCUCACAUCGGUCGAUGGCUCUUGGCACAGGUUCAGGCGAGAAGCUAACAUCAGUGUUAGCACGGCUCAGAGUGUCCCGGCUGGUACGGUACAGCCCACGCAGACGUUUACAGCACAGCCUGACUCAAGCUCCUCUACUUCAGCUGAAGGCAACAUGAGUUCUACCUCAACACUUCCUCCAGUCCAGAGUACCACCACCGCCUCACCACUCCUCCCUACCACGGCCACACAGCCCCAGCACGUCAUUGACUAUAACCCUGAUCAGGUGGAGGCCAUCUUCCUCCUCCUUCUGCUCGUGGUCAUCAUCGGAGAGUUCUUCAGUGCGCCUGCCGUCACGAUUGUGGACACGGUGACUCUGCAGUACCUGGGCCCCCAUCGCGACCGAUAUGGGCUGCAGCGGAUGUGGGGUUCACUGGGCUGGGGCUUGGCCAUGCUCACCGUGGGCAUCGCCAUCGACCACACGCACGGCGUCCGCGUCAUCGCAGGCGUCGCUGGCUGUGUGCCGCCCGACUACCACAACUACCUGGUGGCCUUUGCUGUCUUCGGCGUGCUGAUGGUGACUGCACUGGGCGUCGGCACACGGUUCCAGUUCAACACCCGGACGCCGGAGGAGGGCGAGGGUCGCCAGAACCAGACCGACAGCCAGACCGGCGACUGCCGGCCGGUCGGCGCAGAAAACGCAGCGCCGCCUAGUGGCGAGGAGUUCCGGUAUAUGGAGUUGCUGAGACUUCUGUGCGGUGUGCGGUACAGCACGGUGCUGUUCGUGGCCUGGUUCAUGGGCUUCGGCUAUGGGUACGUGUUCACGUUCCUCUACUGGCACCUGGAAGACCUGGACGGGUCGGCCACGCUGUUUGGGGUGUGCUCCAUCCUCAGUCACCUGUCCGAGCUGGCAGCAUACUUCACGAGCCACAAGCUCAUCGAACUGGUGGGACACGUCAGGGUGCUGUACAUUGGGCUGGCGUGCAACACGGCUCGCUACCUCUACAUCUCCUACCUGCACAACGCCUGGACCGUGCUGCCAAUGGAGGUGUUGCAAGGCGUGACGCACGCUGCAGUGUGGGCAGCGUGCAUCUCCUACCUGAGCGCUGCUGUCCCGCCCUCUCUGCGCACGUCAGCUCAGGGCAUCCUACAGGGUCUCCACCUCGGCCUGGGCAGGGGCUGUGGAGCCAUGGUGGGAGGAGUCUUCGUCGACUACUUCGGCGCCGCCAGGACAUUCCGAGGGCUCGGGAUGGUCUCUCAUCUCCUCCUCUUUAUCUUCAUCCAACAUGUUUCCGAGAAGGACGAGCAUGCAGAGGACAAGAUGCUCGCAGAGAACAUUCCAGUUCCAUCCAGCCCAGUUCCCAUAGCAACCAUAGACCUGGUCCAAAACCAGGAAGCAAUGACGCACACCCCGAGGGCGGAGCCUAAAUCCCUGGCUCGAAAAAUGCAUCACCAGGUGGAACUGGAGGACGGCAGCAAGCCGGCGUGGGCCCUCACUGUGUCGCCGUGGGUUACCAUCACUUUUGCCGUGUUCCAGGUGAAAGAGAUCAUCCUCAUGAUGAAGAAGGCCCCGCCCACCGAGGCCCACCCCCUGCAGGACACAAAUGAGCCUUCUCCAGACUCCCAGAGCCAGGAUGCACACCCCAGGAGUGUAGUGAGCACUGGCCAAUCGGAAGGCUCUCCCGAUGAAGCCCCGCCCCUACCAGGAGGACGGGCCCCAGCACCAUAGCCUACCUCCCCUUCAUAACCCCCCAAAGGACCCUGGGGCCACUGCGUCCUCCUCCUGGAGAAGUCCUCCCCUCCAACCCUCAUAGCAAUGAAGGACCCUUUUCUGACGAUUUUAAGGGGAAAAAAAAACAAAAAACUCUUUUUAACGUUAUGGAACAUGAUGUACGCGUUUUGCGUUCCCAGCAUGGUUAGACGUCAUUUUCCCGUACUUCCGUAGGUUUGUUUGAGUUCUUAGUACAUUUUAAACGUCCGGUGUGGUGGUGGUCUCCUGCUGAACAAAGGCAGCUUAAAUGGGAGCGCUGGUCGUUUCUUUCAGCAUUGGAACGGUUUAUUACGGCUGCUUCUGCCACGUCUUCCCCAAGCUCGGGAGUGGCCGAGUCUGGUUCUUUAGGAUAAAGUCUCUUGCAUUCAGGUCCUGUUCUGGCCCGGAUCUUCUGUAGAUCGUCAUGGGUUUGGUAAUUAGCUGACAUGUGGGUGGCGAUUUACAGCACAGAAGCACUAAUCUAUGCAAGUCCACAGCCCUCCAGAUCUGCGAGUGUGUUCUGCCUUACUGUAUACGGAGAGAUUCUUGUUGCCAUCACCUCAGAUCUGAGAUUUUGCCACCAGAGGGCAGUAUUGUAGCAGGGAUAUUGGGCUAUCGCUCACCGUGCACAGUAAUAUGCGGAAUCUCAUAGCUAUGAAAUGCAAGCCUCAUAAAACUGACAUGAAUAAAUAACACUACAUUUUCUUAAAGCCAAUCAGAAAUGUGUGUGCUUCUGCGCCUACAGUGUACACACAUCAUGGAAUGCAUUUGUGUGUGUAUAACAGACAUACGGAGUUAAAUGUUAAACUGUAUAUUCACAGAUGCAGGGAUUGCAUUGAAAACCAGGAUUUCUUUAAACUCAAAAGGGGACGUUGUUCGGCAGAGACGAGGGACAUUCCCAUUGGCCGUGGUGUCCAGCUACAUAAGGAUCUCCGUUUUCCGGAAACAGCCCUGUGCUCACUAUGAAAGAAAUGUAUUUUGCUGUUUCCAAGAGGUUUUUCAUUAAUAAAUCAAUGUUUGUUGCUUGUU